CAUACUCAGAUUCAUACAUACAUGCAAGUUCAGACAUAUACAGAGUUUAUUUGAUACGUGCAUACGAACGAGAGAGAGUAAUUCAUACAAGGAGAUAUGGGCGACAUGGGAGCAGCUGCCGGAGGCCAGUACCCUGAUUUCCCGGCGGUGGCGACUCACGGUGGACACUACAUACAGUACAACAUCUUCGGCAACAUGUUCGAGAUCACCACCAAGUAUCGCCCUCCCAUCAUACCUAUUGGCCGUGGCGCUUACGGCAUAGUCUGCUCUGUUUUGAACUCGGAGACAAAUGAGAUGGUGGCGAUUAAGAAGAUAGCGAAUGCUUUCGACAACUAUAUGGACGCAAAGAGGACCCUGCGGGAGAUCAAGCUUCUUCGCCACUUGGACCACGAAAAUGUGAUUGGUAUAAGAGAUGUGAUUCCUCCUCCUUUAAGGAGAGAAUUUGCCGACGUUUACAUCGCUACCGAGCUCAUGGACACCGAUCUUCACCAAAUAAUCCGGUCUAAUCAGGGAUUAUCAGAGGAACACUGUCAGUACUUCUUGUAUCAGAUCCUUCGAGGUCUGAAAUACAUACACUCUGCUGGAGUGAUCCAUCGGGACUUGAAGCCGAGCAAUCUGUUGCUGAAUGCUAAUUGUGAUCUCAAGAUAUGUGAUUUUGGCCUUGCUCGGCCCAACUCAGAAAAUGAGUUCAUGACGGAGUAUGUCGUGACCAGGUGGUACAGGGCACCUGAGCUGUUGCUGAACUCGUCCGAGUAUACUGCCGCUAUUGAUGUGUGGUCGGUCGGGUGCAUUUUCAUGGAGCUCAUGAAUAGAAAGCCUCUGUUCGCGGGGAAAGAUCACGUUCAUCAAAUGCACUUGCUGAUUGAGCUUCUAGGCACGCCAACCGACUCCGACCUUGAUUUCACACGAAAUGAGGAUGCAAGAAGGUACAUAAGGCAGCUCCCACGACACCCUCGUCAGAACUUAGCGAAGGUUUUCCCACACGUGAACCCUCUAGCCAUCGAUCUUGUGGAUAAGAUGCUGACAGUAAACCCCACAAAGAGAAUAACAGUCGAAGCAGCUCUGGAGCAUCCUUACCUCGCAAGACUACACGAUGCAGCCGAUGAACCAGUAUGCUCGCAGUCGUUCUCUUUUGAUUUUGAGCAGCAAAUGCUGACGGAGGAGCAGAUUAAGGACAUGAUUUACAAGGAGGCCUUGGACCUAAACCCACAUUAUGCAUGAUGCAAUAACAAGGCAUAUCAAUAGUGUUUUCUCUAAGCAAUAAAGACUUAUCGAUCUGCAUGGAAAUCUUUCUAGUUGUCAUCACAUAAUUUAAGCAACAACGGAAGGAAGCGAAGCCUGCAGAUCUUUCUGGGACUUGUCUAAUAACCAUAUGAUGUUCAUAGGCAAACCAGCAUCCUAUUUUUUCGCUUGUGCAAGGUUAUGCUACCUGGCAAGUUUUGAGGUUGUCCUGUCUUAAAUUGGAGAUUUUUUCCUGUGUUUGUUUUAGAGUGUGUCCUGUAUUGAGGGCUUGAGAAUUUUCUUUCUUUUUUUUUCAUUGGCACAUCGAAAUUAUGUUAUGUACAGAUUACAUAUUAAUUCAGACAUGUCUGUUCCUAUGAAAUGCUAUAAUAUAUCUCAAAUUUUCAGUCCUUCAA